AUGAUUAAUGUUUUACCCUUGGUGAGCCUUAUUGUUGGAGCAACAGCGCAACAGCCGGAGCCCAUUAACGUCGAUGGAAACAUCGGCCAGCACUUAGGUCUUGGAAACAUCGAGGCGGCAGACGUUUCGAGUCUUUGGUCUGGUCUUGAUGAUGAGGCGAGGAAGGCUUUGGAAGCUGUUGAUAUCUAUCCAGGUAAAAGUCCCAAUGAGUUGGUGGAAGAUGUUCUCCUUCUUGCUUACGGUGGUAACCAUCACGAUAUUGAUUUCGCUGACAAAAGCAGUACAAUAGCUGAAAUCUUCAGUGCUUUGGGUGGUAUAUAUGCUGAAUUUGCCAGUGACAUUUUGGAAUUAAAUGAGACGUUGAAGUGA